UCCAAGAUCUUGUCCGCCGGGAGUAUGAUUGGAAGCGCCAUCUUGUUCCCUUUGGCGCAUGCCGAAGGGCUUUGGUUUCGCGCCGUCACCCUCUCCAUCUUCGUGCUUACGGCUGUUGUCUUCCACGGACUCCACAUUAGGCCGUUUGUGAGAAUCGGCCCAUACUCGGUGCCGGUGAUGCUGGUCCUGCUGCUGCUAGCUGUGUUGGCCGGCGGGCCUUCAAAGACGGACCUCGUUCCGUGGAUGCCACUUUUUAUUGUCUGCUCCAGCCUGGUCACCGUGGGGAUUUAUGAGCUCACCGAGCGCCCUUGUCCCUGUGGGAGAAACGUGGAGACGCCGGAUGAGUUCUCGGGCGUGUCAGUUGAUUCUUGGAGCGACGACCCUUUCCGGGCAGCCUUCGGCAGCCAAAAACGUCGGCCGCCGAGCCAGUCCAAUCGUUUCAACCCCCUCUACUUUGCCCGGUGUGGGCCGUCGUCUCAGUACUAUGCUGAGACUGAGGCUGGGUCAUCGGACAUCUCUCUCUCCAGUACAGGCCAGUGUCGGGCGCAUUGGGACCCUUUAACGCGAGGAUACUUCACUUCCGAGCAUACCCCGGAGCCAAAUGAGGAACUGCCA